AUGGAGCGAGCGUGGUGGUUCUUGGUGGUGGAUCGGAAUGGAUCGCAGCUCGUCUCGGUAGCCUGCCUCGAUUUGCGAUCUGGUGCCAGAGUGGUUGAUUUUCUGAGGGCACUGGGGGGAAUGCUGCUGUACAGGAACGCGAACCUCGUUGAGGUCAGCGUUUUCUUUCUCAAGGUGUACAAGGACCGAGGGGCUUAUGAUGAUCCACAGGAAACGCCGCUUGGAUUAGACGGCCCAAUUGAAGAGCUUGGGGAAAGCAUUGCAGAUGCUCUUAUUGUUGAAGUUCCACGACUGGUCCUAUUUCGUCGACAACAACUCGUGGAUGAAUGGAACAAUAUCAUGAAAUUCUCGAUCAAUCACUUUGCGGUGUUAUGGAUCUAUGGCCCUCCCGGAACGGGCAAAUCGUGCGCAGCGCUCGCUUACGCUUGCUCGCUUGAUUCUUCCGAGUGGGACGUGCUAUGGAUUCACCACUCACGACCGGGUCAGUUCCUAAACUGCGUGUGGCUACAAGGUUCCACCCGGAAAGGAGGGACCAAGCGAACCUGUGUUAUUGAUUACGAUGAUGUCGAGUUGUAUCUGCCCGAGUUGCUGAGAUUGUCUACACCCAGAAACCCCACCAGCACAGCCAUUGGAGGAACCAGCUCUAUCUUUCCAAAAACCAUCGUGUUUUUGGACGGAUAUGUCACGAGCUCGGACGUGAUGGAGCGCGCUCUACGAAAAUGUCGGCGUCGAUUGGUAUGCGUUACCUCAAUGGCAAAAAUCGGCAAGGAUUACCGAAGGUCGGAGUGUGAUGAACUUCCGGAUCUGGAGGGAAAACGUGCAUCUGGGGUGGAGCCGAUGGAUACAUCUGAGGGGGAUCUUGUGAUUCACGAUACUCAGUCGGUAUACCAACAGUUAUUCAAGCUGCACUCCUGGACGCUGGAGGACUACAAAAUUGCGAUCGCAGAGGAAGAUUUUUUUCAAAGUGUUGAGAAGAUGCUGCCACCAUACACUGAAGACCCCAAAAAACCAGAAUUGGACCAACGGUUCAAAAGAGUAGAAGAUAAGUAUUUUGUGGCCGGAGGAAGCGCGAGGGUGAUGUUUGACUUUGAUUCAGUCAACGCAGUGAAAUAUCUUGAUGAGGCCAUCGAAGCAGUGGAGAAUGUCGAAGCAUGUUCCAAGAUGCUGGGCGGUAGUGCAGCAUCCAAUACGAUCAAUCGCUUAAUUGCUAUUUAUCCCAGAGCACACCGCCCCGACGAGUCUCAGCUGGUGAGCAAAUACGUUACGCGUGCGCUGGCUAUGCGGCUGGGCCCGGAUCUACUGAAAUCUUUGGCGAAACUGAAUGCAGUCAAUCCGUCUGUGGAUGGAUACAUCUUUGAUGCGUGUUUUUUUUCGGAGCUGUCUUUCAAUGGAGUAUCGUGGUACAUCUUAGGCGCGGCGGAACCUACACCAUGGGCCCGAUCUGACGUCAUUUAUUUUGAUCCAGGACUUCCAAUUGGUGACUAUCUGAAAGAUAGGCCGGAGACUUACCGAGAGCAGACGUGGAUGGCGCCACUGAAGUGGAACCAGGCUGGCUAUGACGCUGUUUUUGUCGAUAUUCCGGGCAAGCUAGUACGUGUUGAACAAGCUGGCAGAUGUGGAGGGGUUGGAUCCGUUUCAAGUGGUUGA